GUCUGUUGUCUGGCUGUCAACACGGUGUGUAAACACCUCCAGCCACUGCGGGCGGCAGGACCGCGCAGCUCGCCUCUUGUCUUUGCCCCUGUCAUAACUCUGAAUGGGAAAGAGCCUGCGCGAUACUCCCGCGGCUGACACUGUUCAGAUAGAGUGCGGAAGAGGAGCCGGGCCGUUGCGCUUCCAUCGUAGCGGAGGACGGAGGCGGCUCAUCAAGCGCUGGUCGACGGCCAUGGCAGCAGCGACCGUCGCGGAGCCCGAUCCGGCGGCGAGCGAAGGCGGCGCCGACGCCGCCGCCUCCUCCGCCGCCGCCGCCGCCGCCGCCGCCGCGCUCUCCGGCGUCCAGGGCAGAGGCUGGGAUGAAUCUCAGCUCCGACAGUACGCGUUCCCGACCAAAGCCAUCCCGAGGCUGUCUCACACGGACCCCAGGGCAGAGCUGCUCAUCAACAACGAGGAACCGGUGGUUUUAACGGAUACAAACCUCGUGUAUCCAGCUCUCAAAUGGGACACCGCAUACCUCCAGGAGAACAUCGGCAACGGCGACUUCUCCGUUUACAUUGCGGAAAACCACAAGUUCCUCUACUACGACGAGAAGAAAAUGGCCAACUUCGAGGACUUUGUCCCCAAGUCGCGGCGCCUGGAGAUGAAGUUCUCCGAAUUUGUUGAUAAGAUGCGCGAGACGGAGGAAAUGGGAGGAGAGGAGCGAGUGUAUCUGCAGCAGACCCUGAAUGACACAGUGGGGAAGAAGAUAGUUGUUGACUUCCUCGGUUUCAACUGGAACUGGAUCAACAAGCAGCAAGCCAAGAGAAACUGGGGACAGCUGACUUCUAACCUGCUGCUCAUAGGCAUGGAGGGUAAUGUGACGCCGGCACAUUACGACGAGCAGCAGAACUUCUUCGCGCAAAUCAAAGGACACAAGAGAUGCAUCCUCUUCCCCCCGGACCAGUUCGAGUGUCUCUAUCCAUAUCCUGUGCAUCACCCCUGUGACCGGCAGAGCCAAGUGGAUUUUGAUAACCCAGACUAUGAGAGGUUUCCCAAUUUUAGAAAUGUUGUUGGCUACGAGGCCGUUGUGGGCCCAGGAGAUGUGCUCUACAUUCCUAUGUAUUGGUGGCAUCACAUUGAAUCACUGUUGGAUGGGGGAGUGACGAUCACUGUAAACUUCUGGUACAAAUUUGACUCCUUUGUCCAGGGCGCUCCGACACCCAAGAGGAUAGAAUACCCUCUGCGAGCUCAUCAGAAGGUGGCCAUCAUGCGAAAUAUCGAGAAGAUGCUGGGAGAGGCACUUGGAAACCCACAUGAAGUUGGACCUUUACUGAAGACAAUGAUCAAGGGGCGAUACGAACAGGAUCUCAGCUAGAGCCCCCCCACCCGCCCACCCAUAAAGCUGCUUACUAGACUGCUUUGGAAGCGGUCUGCGCGUGAAAGUGAGACCACUGCGCGUGUAAGGCGCUUUCCGACUCUGGAGCUACGCAUCACUUGCAUGGCAAUAAGCGGCCAUCUUGAAAUCAUUCUGCGUCAGUCGUCUCCGAGUGCCAUUGUCAUUGUAAAUAUCACAGUUACAGAAGAAGCACCUGCGUAACUCAUCGGAAUCCGCCCCCACAACUUGAAGAGUCUUUUUUGUGUGUGUGUGUGCCUCAAGUCUACAUAUAUUUAUGUGAUUCAGUGUUCUGUCAACAGUGUCAUGAUUCGAGCUGUGGGUGUAUUUGCUCACCCAGUCAGUGAACGCUGUGGGAUCGGUACCUUUUGAGCAUCCUCAAAAUUUUGACCACUAAUGGAUAAAUCAUAUAUACAGCAUUACAGUGUAUACAGGGAAUUUCUCAUACACAUUAAAAAAAUUUCAGUUGUUGCUUGAUAAGCAAAUGUGGGAAUGGCCAUAUUAUAUUCUGUCUUUAUCACAAAGACCGCUUUACAACUGAUUCAUAUCUGUAAAAAGAAAAAGGAAUGAAGAUAGGUUCCUUUAAGUGUCUUUGGCAUAAUACAUUUGUGUGUUCUGCAUUAUCUGGACGCAGGAGAGAUCAUGAUGGGGUCUUCUGUUGCAAAGAAGACGGAAUGGGCACAGUGAUAAAACAACGGUGAUGGAAAAUGUUUAAAAAAAUAUAUGUUGGAGUGCAGCGGCUUAUGUGUUCAGAUGAAGGAAUAUGUGAUGGCUUGCUGCUACAUUAUUUUAUCAGAGUAACUGCUUUUUGCUUUGUUUAUGCUCUUUGCCCGUUUUAUGUUUCAAGGACUUCAUUGGACGUGUCCUCCUGCCGACCAGUAAUAGGUCGGGGGAGCACUGAAAACUGAAAUGCAUACCGCGAUUUUAGUUGUAAAUAUAACUCUUAAGAAUUAAAUGAAAAUACAAGUCACUUUUUUGGGGGGGGGGGGGGGGUCUUCUCAAGAGUAAUUACAGAUGAUGUUUUCUUGAACACGGUUAAAACCGUUACGAGUGUAAAAGUGCUUAAAUCAUAGAUUUGUGUUAAAAAUGUGAUUGACUGAAUUCACCAGCAGGGCCGUCUGCUGGAACCAUGUAUGUUCACCCAUUACAGUCCAACACAAGGCACCAUCUAGUGUUCACGUUUGCAGUUGCAUGUUAAGCUUGAUGUAUUCGGUCCAUGCACUAUACUCAAUAUUCAUUAUGUCGUAUAACAUGCAGCAGGUCUGGGAUUAAAUGACACUGCAUGGUGUACAUAAGUCCAAUUCUUCACGUAUAAUCACUACAGAUCCUCAGAAAUGAACUCGUCCUCACAUCGCAGCAGCCAUAUUCUGAAGACCUUGAAGUCAGAGCAGCUUGAAAUGUGUCUCUGGAAAGUGCGCCCUGAUGUCGAACUGCAGUUAACAAAAGGGAAGAAUAAAUUCAUAUGCUGUGCUGUAUUUGGCAAACUGGUAGAUUGGCAUCAAGUCGUAUGCAGCUUUGACUGCCUGUGUCAUUGGAGGAAAUCAGAUUAGUGAUGUACAGAAGAGAAUAACGGCCGAGCACUUAAUUCAACAGGAACACACUGGGUUUUUUUCAAGGCUUAUGUUCUGAUCGAGGCUCAACUUUUACACUGCAGAGAAUAAUGAACAUCUGUAUUUCUUACAAACGGGCACAAUGAUCGAUCAGCGCUGCUUCACGUCGCGUGGAACACGUGUUUUCGUCUCUCUUCUACUGCUACGUUAACCCUGUUUACUGUGUGUGCCUUGCUUAACGUGUGUAUGGGAACGAAAAGUCGCAAGAAUAUGAUUUAUUUGUAUUUUUAUGGUUUUCCACUCUGACAUUAAACAGCUUUAACAGGUGAGUGACGAGAGGCAUGUUUUCAUUGAUGGAUGCUGGUUUUCUGCUUUGAACAUACAGUGUGUGUGUUUACCUUGUUCCUCUGAUUAAAGUUUGUUUGCAAACUUC